AUGUAUCACAGUAGCUCUGAAGAUGUAUCAAAAAUUGUAACCAAGAUAGUGGUAACUUACAGCAAUGAAUUCAAUGCUGAAGAAAAAAUGCCUACAAUGUUAUCAAAUAUGGAGCAGGAUGAAAAACAAAUGGUUUUUGGACUUUCUCCAAAUGUCGGAAGCAAUAGUGAAAUCAGGACUGAAACUAAAUUGGAUGAAACUGAGAAGAAGACAGUUCACAGACGUUCAGUAGAUGGAAAGUCUGCAAACUUCGCCUAUGUGUCAUGGUCCAAUGAAGCCUUCUGGAAUUCAUCUGCAGAAAACAACAAUACUGUCCCAAAAGAAAGAUCAAAUGUUGUGAUCCCUUCAGGCAUAUGGGUAACGGCUGACAUUGCUCUGCCCUCAUUGAACACAUUGACUAUUUGUGGAGCCUUGGAGUUAAAACAACUCAUGAACCCUAUAAUGCAAGGAGUCGUUACUUAUAAUACAACCAUACUCAAUGCCACCUAUAUAUAUAUAAAGGGUGGUCUCUUAAUGGCCGGAAAUGAAAGUAAUCCCUUCCAAGCAGAGUUAAAGAUUAUCCUAAGAGGAAACCAAUCAAGUCCUAAUAUGUCAUUGCCAAGUGGAAAUAACAUUGGCUCAAAGUUUAUCGGUGUGUUUGGCCAGCUGGAGCUUCAUGGAGUCCCACGCACAAUGUAUAAAACCAAACUGGCACAAACCGCAGCAGCUGGGUCUACUUCCAUUUCAUUAUCAGAUAAAGUAGAUUGGAAGGCUGGAGAAAACAUUGUAAUAACAACAACUAGUUACAAUGCGUGGCAGAGUGAAAUCAGACAAAUUCGUGACAUUUCACCUGACAAUAAAAUCAUCACCUUAAAUGCCUCCCUCACUUUUACUCACACAGGGGAGACCUAUCCGAUCUCCAACUUAGCCAAAGUUUACACUCUGGCUGCUGAUGUCGCAUUAUUGAGCAGAAACAUUAAGAUAAUUGGCGAGGAUUACACUGGGUGGGAACAGGAGUCAUUCGGAGCUCGUGUACUUGUUGGUGCUUUUACAAACAACAGCACAACAUAUAAAGGAAGUGCAAAAAUUGAAAAUGUAGAAUUUUAUCAUAGUGGACAGAAGAGCUUCACUGAUCCAUCCGAUCCACGAUACUCCAUCACUUUUCUUAAUCUUGGAGUGGUUUCAGAAAAUUCAUCCUAUGUCAGAGGUUGUUCUCUCCAUGAUGGAUUUUCACCGGCUAUUGGUGUUUUUAACACAAGUGUGCUGAAUAUUGAUGACAACGUUAUCUAUUUCACAGUUGGUGAAGGAAUCAGAAUAUGGGGCCAACGUAUUAAACUGAGAAGGAAUCUUGUAUCACUGUCUGUAUGGCCAGGAUCUUAUCAAGGCAAAGAGCAACCAAAUAACACUAUCUGGAAUGCUGCAAUAGAGAUCAAUAACGGCACUGACAUAGUAUUACAGAAUAACAUAGUUGCUGGUUUUGAAAGAGUUGGAUAUCGUAUUAAUGGAGAACCUUGCCCAGAUGCAAAUAACACCAAUGAAGAAUGGCUCAACAAUGAAGCCCACGGGGGAUUAUAUGGUGUGUAUAUGAAUAAUGAUGGACUUUCUGGGUGUUCACAAGUGAGAAGAUUCUUUGUAUGGAAAUGCUGGGAUUAUGGUAUUUACACUCAGACAGCAGACAGCGUGGUGAUCUCUAACGUGGUCCUUGUAGAUAAUGGGAUGGGCAUACUUCCUAUCGUGUUUGGUCCUCCAGCAACCUCUCACCAGGCAUCUAACAAAACGAUUACUAUCCAGAAUUCUGUGCUUGUUGGAAGAAGUCCAUCAUUUAAUUGCAGUGACACUCUUAAUGUCACUGAAAGUAACAUGAAGCUCACAGCACAACACCGUAGUCCAAGACCUCCAGCAGGUGGAAGUAGUGGUAUCAGCUGGCCAACAUUUGCCUCGGCUCAUAACGGUGCACCAGAAAACCCCCAUGCAGGAAUCACAAGCUACAAUGCAAUUAGUGGUCUAAUGACUGUGACAGACACAAUCUUUCAGGCCUACAGAAACGUCUGUUCAACGGAAAGCAAUGUGAUAUUCAUGACAAACCCCCUCAAUGAAGACUUGCAACAUCCAGUAAAGGUCUCCAAAAUACAACUUGUGAAUUGUUCAGAAGAACAGAAAGUGUUUAUCCACAGACCCGAUCCAUCAAAAGAAACACCCUUUGGCUGUGAUGCAAAGAGGAAAGCACUUUUAAAGGAUUUGGAUGGUACUUUCCUUGGCAGCAAUGGUUCUGUUAUCCCACAGUCAGAAUAUCCGUGGAAUGGAACAGCAUCAUAUGGGCUUAAUGAUUCUCGUAUUCCUAAUGUCAUGCUGACCAAUCCUAAUGGAAGCAGCAUUAAUGUCUCCCAAGUGGCACCAUUUCAAGGGAUUAUCAGAGAUCCUUCAUGUAUAUAUGUGUCAGCCUGGGAAAGCUACAAAUGCACAGGAUUAAAUUAUGAAAUGCUGGUAAUUGAGAGUCUCGAUCCUGACACAGAGACUAGACGACUUUCACCAGUAGCUGUGUUGGGUGAUGGCUACUUAGAUAUUCUUAAUGGACCUCAAAACCACACUUCGUGCAAUGGAUCCAAUUGCAAGGAAAAGCGAGUUUCAUUGUUCCACUCAAUAGUGGCAACAAACAAAUCUUUUGAUAUUUACUUCUCCACUACCAGUCCUCAAAAUGUUAGACUAAUGCUACUGAACUGUGACAGUACCAAGUCCAUUCGAGUUGGAAUUUUUUUCCCAAAUCCUCAGCGUCUGGAUGUGUAUGUGAAUGGUACCUAUGUAUAUCCAACUAAUGCAAAUAUGACUAAUAACGGAACAAGUUUCACUUUAAACACCCCAACAUAUGGAGGGCAAUACCUGCCACAGCUCACUUCCAAUGUUUCAGGAGAUAACUUUUUCAAUGAAACCUACAAUAUGUUGUACACCGUAGUUAAAGGAUCAACCCCCAUUCAAAUUUAUACAACGCCUUUGAUUGCUGUAACUUUCAAACUGCCUGCAAUGGCAAUAGAUGAGUUCAAAAGUGAUAAUUUUCUUAAGAAUCUUGCUGCAUUCCUUAAUAUCUCAUCAAGCAAACUCCGUGUUAAAAAUAUUGUGGCAGAUGGAAGUCGUAGGAGGAAGAGAGCCACGGGAGGACUCACUGUACAAGUGGAAAUUGCAGAUCCACCUCCUCCACAAAGAACCAAUAUAUCUUCAACAGGCAAGAUUCUAUUUCUCUAA